ACUGAAUAUGCCUUCCUACAAACUAACCUACUUUGACAUUCGAGCAUUCGCCGAGCCAGCACGCUUGCUCUUCCAUCUUGGUGGAGUUCCGUAUGAGGAUGUUCGAAUGCCAACUGAUGAUAUUGUUCCGGGAAUUCAAAGUGAUGCGUUUUUAGCGUUAAAAGACAAAACCCCAUUCGGCCGCUUCCCAGUACUUUCCAUCGACGGCUUCGACCUUGCCCAAUCUACUGCAAUCCAUCGUUACUUGGCUAGAAAGUUUGGCUACGCUGGAAAAUCUCCGGAAGACGAGGCCUUUGCAGACUCGAUCGUUGAUCAGGUCAAGGAGUACCUCGAGUCAUUCCGUCCAUUGCUUUAUGCUCAAAAAAGUGGAAAGCCGGAGGAAGAAGUGAAAAGAAUCCAUGAUGAAGUUUACAUUCCUGUCAAGAACUUGCUUUUCAAAAUAUUGACUCGAAUUCUUAAAGAGAGCAAAUCGGAGUAUCUUGUCGGAGAUGGGCUGACCUGGGCGGAUCUAGUGGUGGCUGAUCAUUUGUAUAGUCUGACUAAUAUCAAAGAACUAGACCCAGAAGAUCCGAUUCAUUUGAAUUUGAAGAAGUACCAAGAGAGAAUAUUUAAUCUUCCCGAGUUGAAGGAUUACAUCGAGACGAGACCGAAGAGGGAUCUAUAAUUUUUUUUCUUAAUUUUCAUAUGUUUACAUUAAAAAUUUGAGAAAAUAAAGUAGUUCAAGACAAA